AUGACUCGAGUCCAGCUUGCUGUCUGGCUCAUCGCUGUCGCUAUCGGACCGACACCGCUGCCCGUGGCCAAUUCGACAAAGUCGUUCUGGAUUGACAGCCCAGGCGCAAACCCUCUUGCGAAGGUGGGCAGCACCGGCCCGCUCACGCAUUCGGCCGAUGUAUGCGUCAUCGGCUCAGGCAUCUCGGGCAUGUCCGCGGCGUACAACUUGGCGAGCGAGCCCGGUCUGAAUGUUGCCGUCUUUGAAGCACGCGAUUUCUGUCGCAACGGCGGUCAUUUGACGCCUUAUCUCUUCCAAGGCUUCGAGAAGAUUGCGCUCGAGUAUGGAGCAGAACAGGCCAAAGUCGGCUUCGAGCUCGAGCAGUACACUGCGCGUACGCUGGUCAAGCUCAUCCAAGACGAAGGCAUCGCGGACGCGGUCGACUUUAUUCACGGCGGUCACACCUGCGUCCUGAUGUCCGAGGUGGCCCUGAACCGUCGCAAGGGCGACUUCAAGGCGGCGGCAACGGCAGGCACGAACCUGAGCAGUGUAAAAUGGCUCACCGAGGGAGAAAUGCACGAGAAAUACGGAACGCCCCACCCGGGCUUCACCUUCGACGCGUACAACCUCUGGCCGCUCAAGCUCGUCACGCAGUUCUACCACAUUGCCAAGCGCCAUCUCGAAGCGUCCUCUGGUUCGCUCUCACUUCACACAAACACGCCCGUGGUCCAAGUCUUGCCUUCCGGAGACAAAUGGGAGCUCGUCACCCCACGCGGAUCGACGACGUGCAAAUACGUGCUCCACGCAACGAACGCAUACGCCGGGCACCUCCUGCGCUCUAUGAGCGGCGAAGUGGGAAUCGUGCCCACCCGAGGACAGGUCGUGGCGGUCCGCUCGCGCAACACGGGCAUGAGCUCGUGGACGGACACCACCGGGGAGUACUGGUUCCCGCGCCCAGGCGGCGGCGAGACCCCGCUAAUCAUCCUCGGAGGCGGAGGCCACGUCUCUGGGGUGGUCGACGACUCGGUCGUCGAGCAGAACAAGCACGACUUCCUCGUUAAGUUCCUUCCUCGGGUAUUCGACGCACCGGAGUACGAGCCCGAGAUGGAAUGGGUGCCGGCAUUGUCAGACGGGAUUAUGGGAUACACAAGCGUUGGUGAUCCUUUCGUCGGCCCUCUCGAGCCGCUCGAAGGCAGUAGCUUCAAAGGGCAAUACAUCUCUGCGGGUUUCUCCGGACACGGUAUGCCUAGGACGUUCGCUAGCGUGCAAGCAGCAGUGGAGAUGAUCUUGGCCGAUCUUCACGAAGAAGAGUGGAAGCAGCCCGAGUGGCUUCCUGACAGGUUUCUCACACGGAACAGGAUGUAA